ACAAUAAUUUUCAACUGAAAUACGUACACAGUAUCAAUUUACCCUAUACCCAUUUUGUCUUACGAGCGCAAGCGCAGGACUCGCUGACCAGUCUUCAGCGGCAGUCGCAAAGGCUCUUUCGCCAAGUGACAUUCAACGAUGAGCAUGAAUAAACUCAAUGACACGAAGAAUUUCCUUAACGAGAAUUAUAAAAAAGAUCGGGACUUCAAUGUCCGCUUGAACGUAUGGACGUUGAGAACAAUCGGCACUUGGCCAAAAUCUAAAAACCGAUCCUGGCUAAGAACGAUCGAACAGUUCCUUCUGAGGCUCGCUUGUUACGUCCUGCUCCUGGCUAUUCUCAUUCCCGGAGGUAUUAACGUGAUCUUCGAGAGCAAGGAUUUUUACAGCCAAUUAAGGCUCAGCAGCGCUCUGAGCUUUUUCGUGAUGGCGAUUAUCAAGUACUGCGUGCUGAUCGCUCGCGAGGACGACAUAUACAGGUGCGUGAAAUACAUCGAGGACGACUGGAAGAAUGUGAAACACUGGGAAGAUCGUAAGAUUAUGCUGGACAAUGCGAGUUUUUGUCGUCGAAUAAUCGUAAUUUGCGGCUUCUUUAUGUACGGCAGCAUGGUCUUCUAUUACAUAGCAUUACCGCUUACGCGAGCGAAGAUAAUCGAAGAGGGUGGCAAUUUGACGUACAGGCGGCUCGUUUACCCUUUUCCGAGAGUCCUACUCGACGUCCGUCACAGCCCCGCCAAUGAAAUCUUUUAUACCAUUCAAUUGUUUUCGGGAUUCGUCGCUCAUAAUAUUACGGUAGCUGCUUGCGGUCUAGCUGCCCUACUCGCCAUGCAUGUGUGCGGACAAUUGCAGGUUUUGAUGGCCUGGUUAGAGAACUUGGUCGAUGGGAGGGAAAAGGACGACCAGUGUCUAGACCAAAGGCUGGCUAGUGUCGUGGAACAACACGUUCGGAUAGUUAAUUUUGUAGCUCACAUGGAGAAUCUCUUACGCGAAAUAUCGCUAGUAGAAGUCGUGGGCUGUACUAUAAAUAUGUGUUUCCUAGGAUACCAUACAAUGAUGGAAUGGGAUCCUAAAGAACCUGUUAGUGGAUUGACAUUCAUAAUAUUACUUAUAUCCGUCACGUUCAAUAUUUUUAUAUUCUGUUACAUCGGCGAGCUAUUAUCACAAGAGGCAGUGAAAAUUGGUGAUAAAUCUUACAUGAUUGAUUGGUAUCGAAUGCCUGUGAAGAAAAGCCUCGCUGUGUCUCUGAUAAUUUCGAUGUCCCGCUCGACUACGAGGAUCACUGCUGGCAGUAUCAUCGAGCUUUCCAUUAGCAGCUUCGGUGACGUCGUCAAGACUUCAGUCGCGUACUUGAACAUGCUACGACAGUUCACAGACUAGGCAUUUCUCAAAUGGUUUCACACCAUACAACUGGCAGUAUUGAACGUAAAAUUCUUGUAGCAUAGAAGAUGAAAUAAAAUUGUUGUACAGCACACACUCGAACUUGUCCAGAAAGGGAAUUAAUUCUGAUCUGAAUAAAAAUUUACCUUUUGCUUAUAUUACAUAAUUACAGUUACCAAUCCUAUCCUCUGUUUUACAUAUUGUAAAUAAUGUGAUAGAUUUUACGAAUUUCACAUAAAAAUAUGUUCGACUGUUAAAGCACUUGGCCUAUUUUUCCAAAUGUGUGAUCAUCUUGGUGUUAAUAUUCUUGCACCCACAGAAAAUCAAAUGAAAGGAAGCAUUUUUCCAGAAAUCGAUUACUUCGUGUACGACGGGAAAUUAUUGUGGAGUUGAAAUAAAGAGAAUAAGUUCUCAAUGUUUUAUAUUCAAACGAUCAGUAUAGUGGCUAAGGCCCGAAUGAAUGCCACGCCUCGUCGAACGAAGCAACCCCAGUCUCUCAGUCCUAGUCUACUCUUAUCCUCUAGAACUCUAGACAGACUAAACACUUGGUUUAAGGAAGCCAUGACGCCAUGCAUGGUGUGAUCCCUCGAUUGACAUUAUACAGCCUGCUUUCAGUAUCCCUUACACUCAUAAAUUGAUUAGCAAUUCAGCAUGCAAACUUUGAAAAUCGAGUUGUCGAUGUUUCACUGUUAUUAUUCUAUUUUGAUCGCACAUAAUGCAUAAAGGACUGAACUAGUCGGAAGGGUGAAACUAAAUGCAGAUCGCACGCCACACUUGCCUUUCCCCUAGUGCAGCCGGAAACUGCAAACGGGCGCCAUCGCAUUAU